CGUCGGGAGAGUCCGUCUCCUCCGUAUCAAACCAGUCGAGAAACGACAAUUCUUUUUGAUUCCGGUAGAUAAAUAAAUUCGGUCCUUCGAGCCGGACCUCUGCCGUUUGUGUGCAUCGGUUCACGUUAUGCGGUCGAUCAUGUAUUGCGGAAAUGUGUGCGUUCCGAGUGCAUUGUCGUCGAGUAUCGCACCCUAGACCCUCCUAAAUACGCCCUUUAAACGGAGAAUUCCCAUUGAAAAGGACUGAAAAUGGAGGAAAAAAAGGGCCCGUGCCGUUUCGGCGGCUCCAAGGUCUCCGAAAUCGCGAACAUCUUCCAGAGCCACCAGAAAGACCCGGAGAUCUUCGCGUCGGCGCAUCAGCCGGCGCUGCGCAAACCGACCGCGAAAUCGCAACCGAAUAACGACGCGGAAACGUCGCCGCCGGUCGUUACGGUCAUGCGCACCGAGUCGCACGUCACGCGGUUCAAUAACGCGCGCGCCAUGUUCGAAAAACUCGGUUCGGAGGACCAAAAGCCGGGCGGUCGCGUUGUCCCUUUACAGGGCACCAAAAGUGCCUCGAACGUGUUGGAUCAACGGUCGAGGAGCAGCUCGGCCAACAGCGAGACGAGGGAGACCAAGUCGCAGAGCUCCAGGUCUCCCUCGCCUCCCAAGAAACUUUUGGAGAGGUCCAGCUAUAGCACCCCCGUGAUAAACGAUAACGAAAAUCGGAAAACUAAUGGCAUUAAUAACGGCGACGCAUCACUAAUAAAACCGAACGGAAACGACAUCGACCGAACGAAGCCCUCCCUAAUGAAAAAACCGGAAAAACCCGAGAAACCCGAACGGAAAUUCAACAGUAAGGAGCUAAUUGAGCGUCAAAAAAACUGGACGUCUCAUUUUUCGAAAAACCGAGGGGCGGGAGGGCGGUUCAACAGCGACCCGAACAAAACGGAAGUUAAAUUGGCGGUUAAUAACCGGGAGGGGGGGAAUCGAGAGGCGCAGAGAGCCAGUGCGGCUCGCAGCGCAUCCUUUAACAAUUCCAGGAUAAUUAGUCCUCCCACGUCUCCUCCUCCGGACCCUCCGGUCCGUACCGACGCCUCCCGACGUCCCAACAUAACCCGUAAAGAGCGACCCGCUUCUUGCUCGGUACUACCCGCUCCCUCUUCCAACGAGUCGCCCAAUAACGAUAAAAACCUCUUACUCACCUCACCUCUGAAAGACUUCACUCCUCACGAGAGGAGAGAGGUUGUGCCCAAGUGUUUGUUCAGGGAGGACAGUUUGCAACCCCCGGGGGUGGUGCUGGGGAGCAAAUCUCCCCUGUUGGAGGACGGUGAGGUGAGGGAGAACCUGUCGGCUACCUCGGGCAGCUUGUCCUCCUUGAGCCCGCCCAGUAGUCCGAGCAAAGUGAGGUCGGAGCAAGAAAAACAGGAGGAGGAAAGCAAUGAGAAGUCGAUUUUAGGCCAUAGCGACUCCAAUCACAAAGAGAGCAAGACUGAUGACCCCCUCGUCGCCGUGCCAAGACGGACCAAAGUGUCCAGCAUUUCACUCAACAUUCCCCCGGCAGGACUCGGCAGCAGACCUUCGUCCAUCAUCACCACCUCCGAUGAAGGUGGCUUUAACGAGCCCUCCCCAAAAAUCGAGGCGAGACUGCGCCCCCACGAGGAAUCCCUCUACGACUUCCCUGUGAACGAGGACGUCCUAGUCGAGUACGACAAUUCACCAGAAGACGUCACUGAGUAUUCGGAGGGUGACGUGGUGACCGAUAACCCGGUGAAACUCACCCAAGCGGAGAUCGAAGCUCUCUACGCCGUACCUAACAAGAAUAAAACUGCUCCCGGUGGUGUUGCGAUGGAAGAGAGGCAAUAUUCGAUACCGGAACUAAAAUCGGCCAGUUUCGACAAAUCGGUCUCCCCCACGGACUCCGAUGCAGGCUACGCGGUCCCCUAUCGCUCGCCUAGCAUCGCCCAUCAAAAGUCCGUCACCUCCACCGACUCCUCGGACGUUUCCCAAGUAACCGUGGUGCAAAAAUCAGUAGAUUCAGACGUGAUGUACCAUCAGAACAGUCCGGUGGUCAACUCGGUACUCUCCGAGCUGGAAAGCCAAGAGAGUUUCGAGAAGAACUGCCGUAGAGAGCCGGAGGUACCACCGGAACCGUUCAUCAUAAGCCGGGAGGCGUUGCAAAGUGAAAAACUGGCGAAAAGUCCGGAAAAUCGCCGAUCGGAGGCGAACAUCCUGGACGCGAACGAUCUGGAGUUUUCCGGCGACUGCGAGGUGGAGAAGAAGGCGGUGUCCGAGUUGGACUCGAUGACCCCCGACGAAGCCGAGAACCUCCUGAGCACCAAAAUUCUGGAGAAAAGAUUUAGAGCGGAUCUUUUAUCGGACGAGGAGGCUCAAGAGGUGGCUCGACUGCUACAUGCCAAAGAGCAAAAGAUCCACAAAUGGCCUCCGACCAGUAACUCCCUGUUCCAGGAUUCGAUCACCGCUUCAGUGCACGAUUCCUCCGGACCGGUUUCGUUAAACGACAGUUUAGGUCCUCCGUCACUCCAAGAGGAAUCCGUCGCCACCGAGUCCAUCACCAACGAACCGAACGCUGAUUGGCAAAAGAACUUCUCCAGCAAUCAGGAGAAUAAGAACAUUAAGGAUCUGGAGCCGUUGAGUCAGUAUUACGAGUCCACGUCCAGCCUGGACAUGUCCACGCAGGACGAGGAGGAGUUUUUGAACCAUUCCAAGUUUGACGCCAGCGUUUCCGCCUCCGAUUCCGGACUUAUUGAUUCAGUGACGAGCAUUUCGGACACAAACAACGCGGAAACGGGAAGCGAGGAAAUCCUGGAUUUCGUCCCUAAACCGGUGGCGAUCGUGGGGGUGGAACACGGGGUCCACUACUACGAGGACGGCCACUUCUGGAUGGAGGUUCCCGGUCUACCUCCAGAAGAGGAGGACGACGAUCUGGAUUAUCCCGUUUACGUCCCGAAACCGACCAAAGUGAAUUUUUCCGUCGAACCCAUCAGGGUGUUUUCCACGUUCAGUGUAUCGGAUUAUGACCGACGUAACGAAGACGUGGACCCGGUAGCCGCCUCCGCCGAAUACGAGCUAGAAAAACGCGUGGAAAAAAUGGAAGUUUUCCCGGUGGAACUGAUCAAGGGUCCCGAGGGACUCGGCCUGAGCAUCAUCGGGAUGGGAGUGGGGGCGGACGCGGGCCUGGAAAAGCUCGGGAUCUUCGUCAAGACGAUCACCGCGAACGGGGCGGCGGCCAAAGACGGCAGGAUCAAAGUGAACGAUCAAAUCAUCGAAGUGGACGGGAAAAGUUUGGUCGGGGUGACGCAGGCGUACGCCGCCAGCGUUCUGAGGAACACUUCCGGAUUGGUCAAGUUCAGUAUAGGUAGAGAAAGGGAUCCGGAAAACAGCGAGGUGGCCCACCUGAUCCGUCAGUCCCUGCAAGCGGAUAAAGAACGCGAGGAAAGGAGACAGCGGAUAUUCGAGUCGGAGCAACAGCAGAGCGACGCCAGUACCGUUCAGUUAACGGGGUCUACAAAUACGAGUGUCAGUGAUGGUCCGGUGAGUCCCACAGUGAACCAGGAGAGUCUGUUCGAUAACGAGCAGGAUAAUACGGAAUCUUUGAGGAAUCUCUUACAAGAGACGCAACGCAAGCUAAGAUUGUCUGAGCAUGAGGUUGCGAUGAUGAAAACCCAGAUAAUGGAGCAAAACGGCAUGAAACCGGACGAGUCUAACGAGAAACUGGAGCAGGUGAACCAGAAACUGCGAGACGCGGAACGUCAACUGGUGACGAGCAAAAAGGAGUCGCAAACGUUCCAGAAUAUGCUGGAACAGUCGCAGGCUCAGUACCAGACCCUGGAGAAGAAGUACGGCAAAGCGAAGCAGCUGGUCAGGGAGUUCCAGCAGAGGGAGCUGGACAUGCUGCACCGGGAAGACUUUUAUCAGCAACUGCUCCAAGAAAAAGACACCGAAUAUAACGCUCUGGUUAAGAGCCUGAAGGAUCGGAUCAUCGCCCUGGAGCAGGAUUUACUCGACACCCAAAGGAAGGCGGGCCUCCCGAUGAUCUUACCAUACGACAACACCAACAUUAAGCAACUCGCCUCGCCGCAGAUGGCGCGCAAAGCGCAGCCGCCCAAGCCCCCACUCCAGUUCCAGUCGCUCAAUCCGGACUUUUCCGAUACUGAUGACGUGUCCGACCAAAGUCCGGACGAGGACAAGACGGCGACCGUGGAGCGGAAAAUGCCGGAGAAGGCUGGAGCGAAGGACGAACUGGACAGUGCGGUGCCGCCCCACGAGCUCUUAGACAUAAAAGCGACGCGGAGCAAGGCGGAACUGGCGACCCGCGGCUCCCUGGCCAACCGGCAACUGCCGAGCGGGGCGGCGAAAAAGGGCGGCGGAGGCGGCAGCAGCAGCGGGGGCGGCUCCCUCAGCAACAGCAGCUCCGACUACGGCCUGGACGAGAGCUACAACUCGGCGGACGAGGAGCCUCUGCCGCCCCGAGGCAAAAGUAGUCGCCCUUCUGCCGCCCUCGUCUCUUCUAAAGUCAACGUUGUCCGCCCCACGUCGCUAACUACCACCACCACUACUACUACUACUACUACUAACUCUCAUUAUAUCAUUCAACCGCAGUACGCCGCUGUCCAGCACCAGCCGCAGCGACAAUACCACGAUCAGUACAGCGUGCAGUACAGCGAGGUGCAAAAAACCGGAAAGAACAACGGCGCACCCUGCGCGGCGCAGGGUGUCAUUGGCGGCGAAUCUACCGGCGUGGUUUACGCUCGGGUGCAGAAAGACACGCGGACGGACGAAGUGACGACGACGACGACGACGUCGUACGCGGAGGCGGCCGGGGGCGGCAACAAGGGCGUCGGUCCGCCGCCCUCCUUGGCCGAGCAGCUCAAACAAGUGUUAGCCGAGAGAGAAAAAAGACUGGGCAGUGACAGCGUGACAAGCUCAACUGACGAACUGAACGAGGAAAAAUCCAAAGAAGACCCCGCGCACCACCUCCUGGAGGAAAUCAGGCAGGCGGUCAGCGAGGCGAAUGCCAAAGUUAACCGUGACGUUCUAGUGAAAAAAGUGGUACCGGUGACCCUGUCGCCGCCCGGAACCACCCCCUGGCACCACCAGCAGGGGAGCAACACCUCCCCCGAGCCGCCGUCCCCUUCCAGUUUAAGUUCGGGGUCGGUUUCACCCUCGAGACACGACACCUCCUGGGCCACCACCGAUCUCAGUAUGUCGUCGUGCAGUAUCGCUAGCGAUAAACGCGGUUCGACGUCGCAUUUUUGGCAUUCCACCCCCGUUAACGACUGGAAUAAGGAUCAGGUGUGCCAGUGGCUCCUCCAGAUCCGGCUGGAGCAGCACAUCCAGAAGUUCGCGGAGCUCCAGGUGAACGGCAGCGCCCUCUUGUUGCUCACCUCCGCCGACUUCAAGAUCCUCGGCAUCACCAGCGACGACAAGAACCGCCUGAAGCGGAAAAUCAAGGAACUGAAGGCGCAAGCGGAAAAGGAGCGGAAACAACAGGAAAAGGACCGCAAAGAGAAGGAGAAACAGAUGCGGAAGGCGGAGAGGGCGAGCAAGAAGAAAUGAUGAUUAUUAGCCGGACUGUUUGUCGGCAUUUAGGGCCAUAAAUGUGUAAAUAUUGUAUAAUAUUGUGAACUUAGAGCCUGAAUGUUAUUUAUUAUAGCGGAUUUAACUGUGAUGCCAAUAAGUUUUCCCGGUUUUUUUUUCAUGUCAAUCGUGCAAUACGUCCCCUCCCCGUUUUAACGUAGAAAUUACAGUUUUAGCCUUGGAACUGUCACUGUUACGUUAGAAGUUGCUUCAGGGUAGCAGAGGGAGGGGCAACUGUAUCCAGGGUGUCCCAUGUAAUCAAAAUCAAAUUCCCGAAAAGGUAUACGUGAUUUUAUUCUCGUAACUAAUUUAAAGGAGACGUUUUGUAUUAUAGCCUAAAUAUCGCCAAAAGUAUUGUGGUUAGGGCUUUAGUAGGUAUUACCAACAUUUUAGACUAGAUCAUUUCCAAUCCAAUAAAGCUUAUUUCAUGAUUCUACCUUUAGUAGAUCAAGAGUUAUCAUCCAAGAACUCUGAGCGUGACGUUUCAAGACUGUGCUGACGUGAAGUAAAAUUCAAGUGGCCAUAAUUCCUAAACUGUUGAUCCUUUUUGAAAUUUGUUUAAAGAUGCUUGUAGGUGCGCAGCCAUUCUUCAACUUUGCUUAUAAUGGUCAUUCAUGUAGAUCAAGUUCCCCAAAAGAUAUACAUGAUUUUCCUCUCGUAACUAAUUUUAAGGAGACGUUUUGUAUUACAGCCUAAAUAUCGCCAAAAGUAUUGGGUUUAGAGCUUUAGUAGAUAUUACCAACAUUUUACACUGGGUCAUUUCCAAUCCAAUAAAGUUUGUUUCAUGAUACUACCUUCAGUACAUCAAGAGUUAUCAUCCAAGAACUCUGAGCGUGGCGUUUCAAGACUGUGCUGACGUGAAGUAAAAUUCAAGUGGCCAUAAUUCGUAAACUGUUGAUCCUAUUUGAAAUUUGUUUAAAGAUCCUGAGAGAUGCGUAGCCAUUCUUUAACUUUGCUUAUAAUGGUUACUGUAGAUUAACUUCCCGAAAAGAUAUAUUUGAUUUUCUUCUCGUAACUAAUUUAAAGGAGACUUUUUGUUUUACAGCCUAAAUAUCUCCAAAAGUAUUAGGGUUAGGCCUUUAGUAGAUAUUACCAACAUUUUAGACUGGGUCAUUUCCAAUCCAAUAAAGUUUGUUUCAUGAUUCUACCUUUAGUAGAUCAAGAGUUAUCAUCCAAGAACUCUGAGCGUGACGUUUCAAGACUGUACUGACGUGAAGUAAAAUUCAAGUGGCCAUAAUUCCUAAACUGUUGAUCCUAUUUGAAAUUUGUUUGUUUGUAGAC